CUCAUUUCUCAUUUCACAAUUUAUUUCUUUGAAUCCAAUCACAAAAGUAGACUUCAACUCCAAUGGGCGCCUGAAAAUCCCUCCGAGAAAUGAGGCCGCCCAUUCGAGCCCGAAUCCCCUUCUCCAGACCGCCCUCCGCCGCCGCCCACCGCCGCUGCCCAAAAGACGAUGACGAAAAUUUCAUAGCAAUGCUAAACGACGUCGCACGGAGCAAGCAGAGCUGGACAAUUGCCCUCGACAACCCCACCAUUUCCGCCCGCCUCACCCCCCUCCACAUCGAGGGUUUCAUCCUCCAUAACCUCCACGACUCGAGGUUAGCUCUCCGCUUCUUCAAUUUCCUCGGCCUCCACAAAAACUUCCGCCACUCCACGGCGUCGUUUUGCUUGCUGGCCCACUCCUUAGUCCAGCUCUACUGGCCGGCGUCGUCGCUCUUACAAACCCUACUGGAUAGGGAACAGAACCACCGAAGUGCUGUUGUGUUUCGGACUUUGUUUGAUUGCUAUAAAAGAUUCGAUUUUUAUUCGGCCUACGCUUUCGAUUUACUGAUUCAGAGCUAUGUCCAGAGUCGAAAGGUUCUGGAUUCGGUUGUCGUUGUGAAGUCAAUGAAGGAAUGUGGUUUGUUUCCUGAAGUGAGGACUGUGAGCGCAGUUUUGAAUGGGUUGAUCCGAAUAAGGAGAUCCGAUAUGGUGCUCGUCUUGUUCGACGAGAUGUUCGUGGGAAACGACGGGCUAAGACCGGAUGUUUAUGUGUACACCGCUGUGAUUAGGAGCUUGUGUGAAUUGAAAGAUUAUGAUAGAGCAAAGGAAAUCAUUAGCUCGGUUGAGAAGAAUGGAGAUUGCAAAUUGAAUGUGGUUGCGUAUAAUGUGUUGAUUCAUGGGCUAUGUAAGAGUGGGAGAGUGUGGGAGGCCGUUGAGAUCAAGAAAACAUUAGGGUUUAAGUCUUUGAAAGCUGAUGUCGUGACAUAUUGCACUUUGGUCCUCGGUUUGUGUAGAGUGGAUGAGUUUGGACUUGCGCGAGACUUGGUGAAUGAGAUGGUGGUUACGGGAAGUGAGGAGGCUUUAUCGAGUGAUGUAGAUGGAAUUAGAAAGAAAGGGGAGGUUGGUGAGGCUUAUGAUUUGAUUGAUAAAGUCGGGAAACUUGGGGCAAUGCCGAAUAUAUAUGUUUGUAAUGCUAUGAUUCACUCCUUGUGUAAAGAUGGCAAGUUAGAAGAAGCGGAUUUGCUUUUCUUGAAUGGAAAAAAGGGGCUGCUCGUAAACGAUGUAAGUUAUAACAUCAUCAUUCAUUCGUUCUGCAAAAGAAGAAAAGUAGACGAAGCCGUUUCCGUUCUUGGCAAAAUGCUCGGUGCAGGAAUAGAACCAACGGUUUACCCAUAUAACAUGCUAAUUAGUGGGCAGUGCAAGUUGGGGAAGUUGAGUGAAGCCCGUGCACUGUUUGCAUCAGAUUCAUCCGGCAAUGAAGCGGGUCUUCUCUUCUCCACUCACCACCUUAUCCUUCUGCCGCCCGUCAUUCUCGAUAGCAAAACCCAGCGCCGUUGCCGUCAAUCCCAGAUCUAACAUAUCCUCUCGAUGUGAAAGAGAGCACCACUACAAAAAGAGAGAAAAGAGAGAGAAAGGGGUGGGGCGGUUGAAGAAGAGAGAGAACCAGGGU